CAUGUGUCCCCUGGAGAGGAUGGAGUCUGUCCCUGCGUCACCCUCCACACAGAGGUAUUCUCCAUCAGUGAGCGCGUGUCAGCUGAGCGCGACACAUUCUGAGUAGAAAAAGCGACAUUAUUGAGGUCAGAGGAAAGCGUUGCCAGGGCGACCAGCUUGCUGGGGAGGACACUGCAGCGCGCGCCGGGAGCGAGCGUGCGCGCCUGCGAGAUUGCGCACGUUUGCGCGUGUGCGAGAGCUCUGAGACGGUCACGGCAUCCACACAGCGGCAGCGGCAGCGGCAGCAGCAUCUUAUCUCAAGACUACCCAAAAGACCCGAGAGUCCACGUCCACCGUCACCGGGACCAACUGAAGCCCACCGGGGCUCGAGCCAGCGCCUGGAGGGUCGGACUUCUCCGUGAGGGGAUUUAAUGAGGAUUUAUCGACGAGGUAGCAGAAAUAUGCUGAAAAACUGAGUCUCUGCGACUAUACUGGUCCACCCGGAUGACACUUCCAGGCUGUCAAAUUCACAGAGACCCCGCAGACACGUCCGGGUUACUGGGGGUCAUUUUGCCGUAUUGAGGCGUCGUUUUAAAGGCUCUGAUCCUGAAGUACACCGGACUGUCAGCUCAAACACUGAUGCAUCUAGACCACCGUCCUGGAGGAUCCGGGGACUGAGCAGAGCCUGGCUGCUUGGACAGGAAUCAUGCUCUGCCCUGCUGUAUGUGUCAUGAAGUCCCACAUGCCGGCCCGGCUGGAUUGAUCGAGGCGCACUGUUUGUGGUCUCUGGGUUUAUCUCCUUUUUUCUUUUACCUUUUUUUUUUUGAUCCGAAGCGAGCACUUUUUCCCUUGCUUGACAUUACCCGCUGCUGGAGGAAGGUUUAGUGUUGGGGACGAGGAAGAGGAGGAGGAGGACCACAUUUGUCGAAUAAAUUGGUGGGAAUCUGGCACUGAACCAGCACCCGUGGAUCACAAUUAACAGAAUUCAGCGGCUGCUCCAAUGAUCCGGACUGUAAAGGAUCCAUAGGGAUGGAACGGAACAGAACCAUGGCCUGGGGAGUGUUUCGAAACGCUGUUGCUGAGAACCAACACUGACCUGGCACCCGCAUCAAGGUCCGUCCGCCUUGUCCAGCACCCCGAGGACCCUUCCUUCCCCUAGCAACUGCUUUGCCCUUCAUCCCACCUUCACGCAGCACUCCUGGUCUUAUCACACCUCCUUCUGUUUUUAGUGAACUACCUUUUUUUACUACACCUCCCUGACUGCUGGAUAAAACUCCACACUCACUUCAGACAGUUCUCCAAAACAGACUAGAAGCAGGUGGGCAGUAUGAAUCCAGUCAUGUACUCCUUUCCACUCGCUCUCAGUAAACAGAGCCGGCGGAGUUUAAUGCCCAGGACACGCCCCCUUAGCCUCAUGACAGACUGGUGCCUAAUGGGUGCUCUAGGCCUCCUCUUCCUCCUCAGCCUGGCUUCAAGCCAGAAGAUGGACCCUUCCAAACACCCCAUAGUCACCACCAACUACGGCAAGCUCAGAGGCAUCAAGAAGGACUUGAACAACGAGAUCCUGGGCCCAGUAGAGCAGUACCUUGGCGUCCCCUAUGCCACAGCACCCAUUGGAGACCGGCGCUUUCAACCGCCGGAGGCUCCGGGAUCCUGGCAGGAGAUUCGCAACGCCACCCAGUUUGCACCUGUGUGCCCUCAGAACGUCCACGGCGUGCUCCCCGAGAUUAUGCUACCCGUGUGGUUCACGGAUAAUCUGGAUGUGGCGGCGGGUUACAUCCAGAACCAGAGCGAGGACUGCCUCUACCUCAACGUCUACGUGCCCACAGAGGAUGGUCCGCUCACAAAAAAAACUGAUGAAUCUUCAAUGAACAAGCCUCGAGACGAAGAUAUUCGUGACCGCAGGAAGAAGCCGGUGAUGCUGUUCAUCCACGGAGGCUCCUACAUGGAAGGCACAGGGAACAUGUUUGAUGCCAGCGUCCUAGCCGCCUACGGCAACGUGAUUGUUGUGACCAUGAACUACCGGCUUGGCGUGCUCGGCUUUCUCAGUACUGGGGAUCAGUCUGCAAAGGGAAACUACGGCCUACUGGAUCAGAUUCAGGCUCUACGUUGGCUCAAUGAGAACAUCGGCCACUUCGGCGGAGACCCUGAGAGGAUCACUAUCUUCGGCUCCGGAGCUGGAGCGUCGUGCGUCAACCUCCUCAUCCUCUCGCACCACUCAGAAGGUCUGUUCCACAGGGCUAUAGCCCAGAGUGGCACUGCCAUCUCCAGCUGGUCCGUCAACUACCAGCCCCUCAAAUACACCAAGAUCCUGGCCCGGAAGGUGGGCUGCACCUACACAGAGACAGCCGACCUGGUUGACUGCCUGAGGCGCAAGAAUUUCAGGGAGCUGGUGGACCAGGACAUCCAGCCGGCUCGUUACCACAUCGCGUUUGGCCCCGUGGUAGACGGAGACGUGGUGCCUGAUGACCCUGAGAUCCUCAUGCAGCAGGGGGAGUUCCUCAACUAUGACAUCCUAAUAGGAGUGAACCAAGGAGAGGGGCUGAAGUUUGUGGAUGACAGCGAGGACAAUGAUGGCAUCUCAGCUGCAGCAUUCGACUACACCAUCUCUAACUUUGUGGACAACCUGUACGGAUACCCUGAGGGCAAAGACAUCCUGAGAGAGACCAUUAAAUUCAUGUACACAGACUGGGCGGACAGGGACAAUGGGGACAUGCGGAGGAAGACCCUCCUAGCUCUGUUUACAGACCACCAGUGGGUGGCACCAGCAGUGGCCACCGCCAAACUUCAUGCAGAGUUUCAGUCUCCAGUUUACUUUUACACCUUCUACCAUCACUGCCAGACCGAGACCCGACCUGAGUGGGCCGAUGCUGCCCAUGGAGACGAGAUACCGUAUGUGUUUGGCGUGCCAAUGAUCGGUGCCACGGACCUGUUUCCAUGCAACUUCUCUAAGAACGAUGUGAUGCUGAGCGCUGUGGUCAUGACUUACUGGACCAACUUCGCCAAGACUGGGGAUCCAAACCUACCAGUCCCUCAGGACACCAAGUUCAUCCACACAAAGCCCAACCGCUUUGAAGAGGUCAUCUGGACCAAGUUCAACUCCAAGGACAAGCAGUACCUCCACAUCGGCUUAAAACCCCGUGUUAGAGACAACUACAGGGCCAACAAGGUGGCCUUCUGGCUGGAAUUAGUUCCACACCUCCAUAGUCUACAUGAGGAGCUCUUUCCCACCACUACCCGCUCUCCAUCAGGGCCUGGCCCAGGGACCCACAGACCCUGGCCCAGACCGCCUGGACCUCGCACCACCCGUCACCCUUACCCCACCUUCCCUUCUGAUCCAGAGCCUGACGGUUCAGAGCGCCCGCGCCAAGAUCUCUUCCCUGGAGACACCCGGGACUACUCCACUGAGCUGAGUGUAACGGUUGCUGUGGGGGCGUCGCUCCUCUUCCUUAACAUUCUGGCCUUUGCUGCCCUUUACUACAAGCGUGACAAGCGGCACGAGAUGCGACGUCACCGGCUUUCUCCCCAGCGAGGCGGCCCUGCCAACGACCUGGCUCACAGCCAGGAGGAGGAGAUCAUGUCCCUGCAGAUGAAGCACUCAGAGCACGAUCCUCACCACGACAUGGAGCCGCUCCGGCCCCACGACAUUCUUCGGCCCGCGUGCCCGCCUGACUACACCCUGGCGCUGCGCCGUGCUCCGGAUGAUGUCCCGCUGAUGACGCCUAACACCAUCACCAUGAUCCCCAGUACCAUCACCAGCAUGCAACCUCUUCACGCCUUCAACACAUUCCCUUCCACCGGCCACAACAACACCCUGCCCCAUCCCCACUCAACCACCAGGGUAUAGUAGGGACUGGCCCAACACCGCGCCACCUAAGGACCAGGAAGACUGGCUCUGAUCUGGAAGGGAGGCCUCUGGAUGUUGGCCUUUGUUCUGUUCUCUUAUUCUCUUGAUUCUCCAAAAAGAACUUCCUUCAUCAUGUGCUGUCAAACUUAGCAGCUCCACUGGUGGCGUGUGGAGGAGUGAACUGAACUGCAUGACAGCAGAUGAUCAGUUACGGGGCCAUAUAGAUCUUUCAAAGAUACUAUUUUCAAAGGUCUGCUGUUUCCAGACCUCAGCGCCCGUGACAUUUGUCAAAGGGACGAAUACUUUUCGCCACUUGCCGUUUUCCCCCUUUUUUUUUUUACUUUGGCGUCUUCUCUCUUUUCUCUCCCUUCUGUGUUAUGUGCAUAUAUUGUUCUCUUUUCUACAUCUGUGUCUUAUCUCGGCUUUGUUGCUCUCAUUCAACAUGUGAUUCUCUCCCUUUGCUCUGAGGAUUAAUAAAUGACUGAGCUGUAGAAGGGAGCGUAGGGCACAUAUAGUUAUCAUACAGCUAUGAAAACACUGAUAUCUGAUACUUUCUUUCUACCAGCAUUCUUGGUGCCAAGUAUGUACGACUGUGUUUGCUUUUUCAUCGAGGGAGAAAAAAAUACCAAUUCUUGAGUAUUCCUAUCAACUCCCAACGAAGCGAUGCUGUGUGUUCUCAUGACAAAGUGCCAAACUGGCCCUCGAUUGUGUUGAUUUUCAUUCUUUCACCUUCUGUAUGUUUUUUUUUUUUCAUGCAUUUGUUCAAGUGUUGUUUUUGUGGAAAGAUUUUUUGUUGAAAAUAUAGAUAUAGAGAAAUGAUAUUAUAUAUAGUUAUAUAUAAAUGUGUACAAAGAAGAAAGUAUAUAAAUGGGUUUUUUGCAGUGGGAACUAUGCAUGAAUUAUUUUUAAAGGUGAUGAUCGGGGAAAGGACACUGUAUCUGUUAAUGCACGUUUCCCAAAUCUAAUCAAGUCAUAUCAGUCUAGUCUGAAUGUUUUGGUUUUUUGUUUCAUAUCUCACAGAACUAGAACAUCACAGAAAAAUCGUGUUAUAACUGAACAAAUCCUCGUCUUAACACCCGCUCAUUAAAAAAGUCAUUGCCACAAAUCUCAAAAGAAGUAAGGGUCAAAACAAAAACUGUGAGCACACUCUUCAUUCAUUCUCUCCUCCCAACAGGUAAUGCAACACGCCAAAAGGAAGGCCAUCAUCCUAGAGUAGCUACCGUUUCUCUCUACAUGGAGAUGAUCGUUUCUUAGGUUAGAGGUACCAAAUCUGUCGAUGUAGCCCGCGUGUUCAGAGUUAUUUUUGUACUUCAGUGAGUUCGGUGACGAACAAAGCAGAGACAGGCAGCCUCUGCUCUAUUACGCACACCUUCCUCCUCCUGUCUGCACCCCUAUUUCCAGCACAUGCAUAUUCUGUUUGAUGUGCGCCUGUGAGAGAAUGUGUGUGCGCGCGUGAGCUGCUGCACAUCUGCAAAGGUGGACCCCUAAUUAGAGAGCAAAGAGAUAGAGAGGCAGACAGGCAGGAUCGCAUUCAUGGUCAAAGCUCAUUCCUGCUUUCCCCACUGUAUCAACAUCACUUACUCACUUCCUUCUACUCUCUUCAGCAGGAUGCUUACUUUGUAUUGAAAGCUAACAUCCAUGUCCUAUUAAUCACCCAUAACCCCCCUGCUCCCCUCCAAAAACUCCAGACCAGCUGACUCGACUGUGUCAGCACCCUUCUACACAGUUUCUGACCUCAGUCCAGCUCUGCUAUUAUCCUCACAUUCAAGCGUGAGUUCACUAAGCCAGUGGCUUUUUGUGAGCUCAUCAGAUGUAAAUUUAACUCUAAGCACACUGAGGGUAACCUGUGAGCCUCGACAGCCUGCAGCACAGAGCUGCAAGAUGAACAAGGGGGCUCAGAUCUCCGAAACAGGGUAAAACCAACACAGUCCACAACCUCUGUUUCUGAUUCUGUUCAUUUCUUUAAGAGAGGAGAGAGCAGGCUUACAGCGCUUUUCCCUCCUCUGAUUCUCUACUAAAGAUCUGAAAAUGUGGAUCAUGGGUAACACUUCUUAUUAUGUUAACUGAACUGAUGUGCUGUUGUUUGAGCCCACAGGAACACAUAGUAGCUGACAUCCAGUAUGGGAGAAGUUAGUCACCGGUGCUGUCUUUGCUUGUGCUCUAGCUUUAGCCUGUUUGUUUGUUUGUUUUCUAUUUUAUUACUGCCUAACUGGGAGGUGGGGGAGGGCUGGAAAGGGAGAGACAUACUGUACCUGGCUGCUCCUGUCAGAGAUUUUUGUAAGCCCACUGAAAGGGAAAUGUGCACAAUGUAAAACAAAAAAAAAACUGACUCGGGUGUGUUGCAGCAGGAUGGAAAAGAAGCGCAAGGAAAGAGGCUCGCUGAGACACAGACUCUUGGAGGAGAUUGGGAAAAGACUCAUAGCCUUAAAAAUCAAAAUCAAAGGAGAGGACGAUGAAGGACAAACAAAGGCAUGGAAACCUUUCUACUCACAAUGCUUGUCAGGAGGAAACCUUGCUAAUGUGUUUGGAGGAUCUGAUGUGGACCUUUUUGUACUCACUCUUGUGGACAAGGAGGCAGUGAGAGAUUGUUAAUAAACCUCACAACAACAACAACAACUAUCAUGACACCACUGGAGGUAAGAAGAGAAACAAGGUGUUGAGUUUGGUCUGGUCUUUUCCCUUGUCUAUUUUAUAAGCUAACACUGGAGGGCGCCAUUGUGACUGACUCACUGCAGCCUGCCCACUCUGAGGGAGCUGGAUGUGAAAAGAAAAAUACCAAACUGGGUGGCUGGAAAGAGACGGACACACACCAUCCGGAAGAGGAUCAAAACUGUACAUUUUUAAGUGUAAGAAUCAAACAGACAAAAUAUUUGUAAAUAUUAAGUUUCUUGUUUGUUUAUCUUUUUUUUGAGUGAAUGAAUGAAAUACUUUUUUGUGACAACAUGAGACAACAGGUGCAGCUAGAAAUAUGGCCGUUAGCUUGACAUUUUAAAAUCAUUUGGUGAGUAAAAACUGCGACUUGACUUUUCAUGCCGUUAUCUAAUUAUGAUUAUUAUCAUUAUCCUGUUCUCAUGGUGCCUGUUUAUAUGUGGGCAUUCUGUAGCAUCAUUAUUUCAAACAUGAAAGUCACUGUAGCAGAUACUCACUUCCCCUGAUUUUACAACUUAUAUCUCAAAAAUAUUCUGAUCCACCUCCAAUUGUGCUGCAUCAUCUGUGUGACUUCAAAGUUUAACAUGUGAGGAGUUCAGAGCGCUGAUAAAAGCAGCUUCGAGUAACUAGUUGGUGUAAUGGUGUUGUAAGGAACUGGGAAGUGAUUUAGGAUCAGGAUUCCUGAACUGUGACGCUUAAUAAAAGUGCAGACUUGUAAACGUCAGCUCCCCUCACAUGUAGCAGUGUUUACAUGGAGCCACUUGAUCACAUGUGAGACAGACAUGAGGGCUGUGAUACCAUAAGAUGCCUCAACUCCUCUCAGAGUCAUGAGAUCACACUGGUGGUCUGACUCUUUCCCUUCAUACACUGUGUUGGACAUGGAGGUGGUGUCGACCUUACAGUGAUGUGAUGUAGCAGUGAACAUUUGAUGUUCUCAUCAGUGGAAAGAUGGUUUCUUUUGAAGGAAAUCUGAAAAGUCCAGAGCACUCUUUUUAAUCUGAGCAUGUGAUUAACGGUGGAUCAGACUGGAUGGAUGUGGACACACUUAGUCUUAACUCUGCUACAGAGAGACUUUGUUCUUAUUUGAAUAUGUCCAUAAACCAAGUCAAACUAGAUAACCCCGAUCACUGGAUGUGUUUAGAGAUCCUGUGUAAGGUCAGUGGUGCAUCAAAGCACAUGGUUAACACCCCACAGAAGCAAACAAACACCUUUACUCAGCGCUAUCUUCAGCUCGGGCUCCAUUGAAAAGUUGCACCUGUUGUCUUGUUUUUACAUUCUUUGUUGAUCUCAGAAACCCAAGACUUGAGAUGAAGAAAAAUGUUAAAUAAUGGAAUUUUAAAAAAGAUGAUUAUUAAAAAAAGUAUAGUAAAACUAUAUAAAUAAAUGAGGUGAUGAUAUUUCUGUUUACUUUAGAAGUUAUUAUACACUGUAUGCUGUGAUUCUGAUCUGGGAAACAUUAAAGACCUUCAUAGCCAG